AUGUCUCUUCGUAAUCAACAUGCUUCCGCUGCAGUACAACAUCCGACGACAUCAGCAGUCACCGAGUUCCUGAAUGAACUGUUCGCACGUUUUGGUAUUCCAAACGUCAUCGUUUCCGACAACGGCUCCCAAUUCACGUCGGAGCAGUUUGCGACUUUCUGCAGGAAGAACGGCGUUCAGCAUUUCCGUAUCUCGCCGUACCACCCGCAGUCCAAUGGCCAGGCGGAAAGGUUUGUGGACACCUUGAAGAGGUCGUUACGCAAAAUCAACGAGGGGGAGAACAUCUCCGAAACGCUCCAGACUUUCCUCCAGCCCGUGGUCCGCAAUCAUCACCAGGACGAGCAGUUCAAUCGCAAACAUGGUGCGGUUCCACGUGAAUUCAAGAAAGGUGACGAGGUCUACGCCAAGGUCUACACGAGCAACACGAAGUGGCAGUGGGCUUCCGGCGUAAUCAUCGAAGUCAUCGGACGUGUCAAUCACAACGUGCUCUUGGACGACUGGCACGGACGGAAGAAGCUCAUCCGAAGUCACUCAAACCAACUCAAAUUCCGUUGCAGCGAAGAGGCAUCCAUUGAAGAAGAUUCGACACCGCUAGGAAUACUGGUGGACAUGUUUGGCCUGCAAUCCAAAAGAUCACCAGCGCCUGAAAUUCGUCAAGUUCGACCACAACCCGAAGCAGCUGCCAACCCGGCAGCCGAUGAGGAAUCUGAAGAAGAUGAAAUAGUUUCGGCUCAUUCCGAGCAAGCUGAUUCCGAAGUAGAAGCAAGUCAAUCCGACUCGCAGCAGGAUGAAGAUGACCAGCAACCACCCGGUUCCAUUCCAGAGCCUCCUUCGGCUCGGCCUCAGAGGAUGAUCCGUAUGCCUUCAAGAUUCGAGCCGUACCUGUUCUGGAAAUAAGAAGGGAGGAAUGUUGAAGAGUAUCAAAGCAAUCAAUACUUGAAUUUGAAAUCUAUCAAUGUUAGUUAGCAACCCAUAGUAACCCUUGGCAACCGAUAAACAAACUCGGGUUAUAAAUACCUAGCAUUGUCAAAAUUUUCUCUAGUUCUUAAGUUUCCUUGAAUAAAGAAGUACAACAAUCUGGGCGUUUUACCAUCGUCCAGGUUUGAUUUUUCUCGAGGGACCUCAGUUCGUCAUCGAUUGCCUUCCUCCAUUCCGUCUCGUGCGGGUGUCCGUCAACCUCCGCGUAGCAUGUAGGUACCUACCUGUUGGAAUUCAUCAGCAGCAGAGAGGGCUCUAUUGACCAAUCCAAAUUCCUGUGUGGUAGUGGUUUGUGUUCAGAUUUCCCGUGUUAAUCUAUCUGUAGGAACUUUGUAAACAUCUUUUGCUCUCACGUAUAUGGAUAGGCUUGCAUUAGGUUUCGUGAGAC